UUGAAAUCUGACAGUUCUUUACUUCUUUGCCAACGCACGCGACUGGCAAUACCAUAAUUAUAUGUAGGGAAAAAUGGCGACUUUACUACCUCGUUCUUUUGGACUUGCUGAAACUGUAUUUAUAAAAAAUGGAAAAAAGCUGUUGGCAGCAUCAACUUCCAACAACCUACCAUCCAAGCAGCAAGUUAGAAACCUGAAUGUUCAUGAGUAUGUCAGUUACACAUUGCUCAGAGAUCAUGGCAUUCCUGUGCCUAAAUUUAACAUUGCUAAGACCAAGGACGAGGCAGUCAAGUAUGCCCAAGAACUUAACACCAAAGACAUUGUAUUAAAAGCGCAGGUUCUUGCUGGAGGUAGAGGAAAGGGUGCAUUUAAAAAUGGCCUGCAAGGGGGUGUACGAAUGGUUGACAAACCCGAAGUAGCUGGAGAGAUUGUGGGUAAAAUGCUUCAGCAAUAUUUGGUGACAAAGCAAACGGGUGCAGCAGGGAGGAUCUGUAACAUGGUUAUGGUUACAGAGAGGAAGUUUCCCCGACGAGAGUUUUAUGUUGCUAUAAUGAUGGAGCGAAGUUUCAAUGGUCCUGUUAUCAUAGCAUCGUCCCAAGGUGGUGUAAACAUUGAGGAUGUGGCCGCCGAGAACCCAGAUGCAAUUACAUAUGAACCAAUUGACAUUGUUACUGGUAUUACUGACGAGCAAGUCGCACGCGUGGUUGAAAAGAUUGGUCUACAAGAGCGUUCCAGUGAAGCCUGUGACAUGAUUAAGAAAAUGUAUGAUUUGUUCUUAAAGAAAGACGCUCUGUUGAUUGAAGUAAAUCCUUACGCCGAAGAUGCCAUUACAGGGCAAUUCUUCUGCUUGGAUGCAAAAUUCCGAUUCGACGACAACGCCCAGUUUAGACAAAAGGAAUUGUUUCAAUUGAGGGACACCACUCAAGAAGACGCUAAAGAAAUUGAAGCUGCCAAGUUUGACCUCAACUACAUUGCACUUGAUGGAAACAUCGGAUGCAUGGUAAACGGUGCAGGGCUGGCAAUGGCCACCAUGGAUAUCAUUAAGCUGUAUGGAGGGGACCCCGCCAACUUUCUUGAUGUUGGAGGCGGAGCUACUGCGCAAGCCGUAGCGGAAGCAUUCAAGAUUAUCUUAUCAGACCCGAAAGUAACAGCUAUCUUGGUGAACAUCUUCGGAGGUAUUAUGCGCUGUGACGUCAUUGCGGAGGGUAUUAUCAACGCCGCUAAAAACCUCAACAUUCAAAUUCCUGUGAUUGUUCGUCUUCAGGGUACAAAAGUGAAUGAAGCGAGAAAACUGAUCGCAGACUCCGGUUUGCGCAUCGUGCCUCGCGACGACUUGGACGAGGCGGCCAAGCUCGUGGUGCAGCUCUCCGAGAUUGUGGCGCUCGCCAAGAAGGCCGGCGUCGAGGUCAAGUUCGACAUCCCCAAAUAUAUGCUCGAAAAGUAAA